GAUGGAAGCGGUGCGCUGCACACUCGGCUUUGGGGCGGCCGGGAGGCUCGGUAUCUAGUUCUGCAUGAAUAAGCAAAAAACACAAGACAGUGGAUGUCUGGAUUAUCGUGGCAAGGAAAGCAUGCCAUAAGGGGGCUUUAAUACCUUACUGUUUUAACAGUAGCACAUUGGGGGCUAUUUGGAUUCCUUUUUCUAUCUUUAACGGAUCUCUCUUCUUGCCGUAGAGAAGAGCGCCUGUGCGCUUGAUCUUCAUUUAGUCUUGGGUUCCCUUUAAUCUGAUACCACCGAAGAGAGAUUUUCUUUUACUAUUUUCUCGACCUCCGCCUCUCUGUCUGUCCGACGCCAGGACGGGUGUGACGGGGGAGAGAGAGCGUGCGAAGGACGAUGGCCGCUUGCAGAGAAUGCGGGGAGACCGUGGAUCGGUACCGGGCUGAGGUGGAGCGGCUCACACGGGAACUAGCCGAGGCGAACCGUGAGAAGAUCCGGGCGGCGGAAUGCGGUCUGGUGGUGCUGGAGGAGAACCAGAGCCUGAAACAGCAAUACACUGACCUGGAGGCGGACCAGGAGACACUGAAGCGGGAGUUGGAGAGGCUGCAGGAGGCGUUCGGGCAGGCGUACUCCACCCAGCGCAAGGUGGCGGCGGAUGGCGAGACUAACGAGGAGCACCUCCUGCAGGAGUCGGCCUCCAAGGAGGCGUACUACACGAACAGGCUGCUGGAGCUGCAGGCAGAGCUGCAGCAGAACCGCGCCGUGGCGUCCAACGUGCAGGCUGAGGGCGAGCGGCUCAGCGCACUGCUGCAGGAACUGCGUGAGGGCCAGAUUAAGAGUGAAGAGUAUUAA